AUGGUGACAAAACCCUCUAAGAUCUUCUUGACCAUUACCAUCAUUCUGACCUACCUUCUUGCACACGCCACCUCCAAAGCAUCAUCUCUAUGCAAUGGCUCGGUGGGAGAGUGUAGAAGCGUGGUGGAGACGGAGGAAAUGACAGUGAGAAUGGAGUCGUGGUCAAGCCAGAGGUUGACGGAGGAGCAGCAACAUAAGCUAUCUUACGGAGCUUUAAGGAGGAAUCAGCCUGCUUGUGACGGUGGCAACCGCGGUGAGUCUUAUAGCAGCAAAUGUCUUCCUCCGCCGUCUAAUCCUUACAGUAGAGGCUGUUCUAAGCAUUACCGUUGCAGGGACUCUUGA